AAAUAUCGGCCCUUUAAUAUUUAUGUAAUGAUUUUUUUUUCUUUAAAAUCAUAGCUGUAGGCCAUUAUCACCAUUUAGCCUAUCAUUUAACAGUUCUAACCUCAGUAAAACUAGAACAGUGUGUACUCAGAGCCAUCUGGUCACCUGCUUUUCUCCCACUAAAACAGGGGUUCUCAAAGUUCCAAUGCAAAGUUCUGAAUGUGAACUUUCAUUAAUGUCAAAGGCCCAGAAAAAGAUUAGUUAUAACAAAACGUAUGAAAAAACGUAUGUCUUUUGCAUUAAAAAAUACAUUAAUAACCAAUGCAAAUGUGACAAAAUGACACUUAAUGUUAGUGUCAGCCAUUUUUAUGAACAAAACACAGUCAGUGUUUGGUCAGAUAAAACAUGAUGCAAAAUAUCAUCACGCAUUCAUACACUCUCAUUGGUGAGGAGUUUUGCCCUAUUAUGGCAAAUGUCAUACGCUGACUGGUUGUCAUGAACCUUUAAACAUUGGCUUCGGUUUUAUCUUGGACUCAUAAAAAGAAAGGGUACAAGUUUAAAUUGCACUUAUAAAAGUGGCAGUCCACAUUUUAAUACCUUACUCACAACAGAAAUAUUAAAUUGAGCCGAGUCUAGAUUGAAUUCUCUCCAUAUCUGGACUGGAGUCUGGACUUUGAGAAGCCCUGCACUAAAAGUCUUGUUAAGCUUAAAAAGGUUCAAAUUUCCCUUCUACUUUAAUACUUUGUUGUAUUCAUUUAGAUGGCAAGGUUAAAGACACACCCCUCUGUUCAACUACUCUAAUGUUUCUGAGUCUGAAUACUGCCCGUUACCCCCAUUCACCCCCAUACAAAAGAAAAGAAGCUAGGCUCUUCUGUGUCUUGCCAAACAAGGGUCCUAAAACCCAUGCCACCUUUCUGGCAUGUUUUCCUUCCCUUUAGUCUGUUGGAUGAAUUUUGCUGGCUCGGUCUUAGAGAAAAUAAAAGAACUGAUGAAGGUAGUAAUCUUUGCUAUGCAAAAAAUAAUAUGGCUUCUAACACACCCAUUAAAUUCUUGUAAUUUGUGUUAUACAAAAUCAUUUAAGUCUUUCAAAAAUUAAAAAAAGGUUCAUUUGCAUUUGGCUUUAACUUUCCAGCAUUACAAACCACUAGUACACACCUUUUGUGGUUUUGGUGAGUCUUUGGGAUGUUGACUUGAUAUUGUAGAGAGAGUUCUCCAACUGUUAGUUAGAAGCCUUCUUAUUUUGUGCCUCGGGGGUGAAGUGGGGAAGUGUCAAGGGUGCCAAUGGCCCCCCACCAAUUCUGUUGCUUCUAACCCCCCCACGCGCUUGCUCAGGGCCUGUGGAGUGUGCGCGCUUUGAACUGUCUGCCUGACCCCUCAGUCAGUCCAAGAGAUGCUCUUCAAGGGCUCCACAGUGCAUCUGACUAGAACCUGAACCUUUUGCAUCUUCACUUUCUCCCAUUACUACAUCAGAUUACAAGGUUUACCAUUCAGAUUGAGUUAACUGGGUUUGGGAGGGUUUAUAUGUUUCCAACACUGCAUGAGCCCUGGACUGUGUCAGGCAGACAGAUCACUAUUUGCACUCCACUGCUCGCGUCAGAUAUGAUAGAGAGAGAAUUAUACAUGCGCAGCAAAAAGCGAUGACCUCUUUAUUUCAGAGCUGUGGAGGCUUCUAGAUGAUUAUGAAGUUCUUAAACCCCAGGCUUUUUUCCUUAUCCAUUGGCCAGGACUCAAGAAGGCAAGACAGGAAAAAGCAAACAAGUUAUUAAACCAUGUAAACAAAGAGAACAACAAAGGAAAAUAAUCACUGAUUCCUUUUUUUCCCUCUUGGAUGUUAUGAUUAAUAAUAAUUAUCCCAGAGCAAUGUGAUCAGUUCUUUUGGGUAAGAUCAAGCCAGUUCUCCUCCCUCCUGUACCUGAAAAUGUGACUCUGUAAUGGAAAGUUCAAAUCUGUUUGUAAAACUCAACUGAAAGCCUUUCUUCACUCUUGACCCCUUGCAAACAUAUUCCUUUUUUUGAAACUGUAAAAUCCCUAAAAAUCCCUGUAAAAUUGCAUGGGUUUAAACUUAAAUCAGAUCAUUUUUCUUUUCUUUGCUUUUUUUGGACUUGUUUUGCUUUGUCAAUACAAGUGUUGAUGUCCUUAUGAAAUGUCUUAAUUGCCAACUUUUACUAACGCUCUUGUUUUCUUAUUUUGUCUCUUGGUUUUUCCACCACUGAUAUUGUUAUUUAGAAGGUUUCAGGUGGGUGACACUAUUCCUGCGUAGGUGCGGUCCGGUGGACAGGAACACUAGGGCAUCAUCAGUCUUCUCCUCUUCCAGCUGCGGCCGCCCCCAGACAAAGUCCAAAAAUAUGGCUUGUUACCUGAAGGCAAUUGAAACUCAGCCAAACUUUGCUGUGGCCUGGAGUAACCUGGGCUGCGUGUUUAAUGCCCAGGGUGAGAUCUGGCUGGCCAUCCAUCAUUUUGAAAAGGCAGUGACACUGGACCCAAACUUUUUGGAUGCUUACAUCAAUUUGGGUAAUGUUUUGAAAGAGGCUCGUAUCUUUGACAGAGCUGUUGCUGGGUAUCUGCGAGCCCUCAGCCUGAGCCCAAACCAUGCCGUUGUCCAUGGAAACUUGGCUUGUGUGUAUUAUGAACAGGGUCUGAUUGACCUGGCCAUUGACACAUACCGCCGUGCCAUUGAGCUGCAGCCACACUUUCCUGAUGCAUACUGUAAUCUUGCUAAUGCUAUGAAGGAAAAAUGCAAUGUUUCUGAAGCUGAGGAGUGUUACAACACUGCUCUGCGUCUGUGCCCGACUCACGCUGACUCCCUUAACAAUCUAGCCAACAUAAAGCGUGAGCAGGGCAACAUUGAGGAGGCCGUGCAGCUCUACAGGAAAGCACUGGAGGUGUUUCCAGAAUUUGCCGCUGCCCAUUCAAACCUUGCCAGUGUCCUGCAACAGCAAGGAAAACUUCAAGAAGCCCUCAUGCACUAUGAGGAGGCAAUCAGAAUCAGCCCUACAUUUGCGGAUGCUUACUCCAACAUGGGCAACACACUGAAAGAGAUGCAGGAUAUUCAGGGGGCGCUGCGGUGCUACACUCGAGCCAUUCAGAUUAACCCUGCUUUUGCUGAUGCUCACAGUAACUUAGCUUCCAUACACAAAGACUCUGGGAACAUUCCUGAGGCGAUUGCCUCUUAUCGCACUGCGCUGAAGCUCAAGCCAGAUUUCCCAGAUGCUUAUUGUAACCUUGCUCAUUGUCUACAGAUUGUAUGUGAUUGGACUGAUUACGACGAGCGCAUGAAGAAACUGGUGAGCAUUGUUGCUGAUCAGUUGCAGAAGAACCGCCUGCCAUCAGUGCAUCCGCAUCACAGCAUGCUAUAUCCCCUCUCUCACGGUUUCCGCAAGGCCAUUGCAGAAAGACAUGGCAACUUGUGUCUUGACAAGAUCAAUGCUCUUCAUAAACCUGCUUAUGAGCAUCCAAAGGACCUGAAAGCCAGUUCAGGCCGAUUGAGAGUGGGUUACAUUAGCUCAGAUUUCGGGAACCAUCCCACUUCCCAUCUCAUGCAAUCCAUCCCUGGCAUGCACAACUCUGAGAAGUUUGAGGUGUUCUGCUAUGCUCUCAGCCCUGAUGACGGCACCAACUUCAGAGUUAAAGUCAUGGCAGAGGCUCAUCACUUCACUGACCUUUCACAUAUCCCCUGUAAUGGAAAAGCUGCAGACAGGAUCCAUCAAGAUGGAAUCCACAUCCUGGUCAACAUGAACGGUUAUACUAAAGGAGCACGCAAUGAGCUGUUCGCAUUGCGCCCAGCACCCAUUCAGGUCAUGUGGCUUGGAUACCCGGGCACCAGUGGAGCUCCAUUUAUGGACUACAUAGUUGGGGAUAAGGUGACUUCUCCCAUUGAGGUUGCUAAGCAGUACUCAGAAACUCUGGUGUACAUGCCAAAUUCAUUUUUUAUUGGGGAUCAUGCUAACAUGUUCCCACACCUUAAGAAAAAAGCAAUUGUCGACAUCAAGUCAAAUGGGCACAUUUUUGACAAUCGCAUUGUGCUGAAUGGCAUUGAUCUGAAAGUGUUCCUGGAAAGCCUGCCGGAUGUCAAAGUUGUGAAGAUGGAAUUUGACGGUCAAGUGGCAGCUGAUAGUAAUGGUGCCCUUUCCAUGCCCAUCAUCCCUAUGAACACGGCUGCUGAGGCUAUCAUUAACAUGAUCAACCAAGGCCAGAUCCAGGUCACCAUCAAUGGCUUCACUGUAAGCAAUGGCCUGGCCACCACACAGAUUAACAAUAAAGCAGCAACAGGAGAAGAAGUUCUUAAGACAAUUGUGGUGACCACCCGCUCACAAUACGGCCUUCCUGAUGACUCUAUUGUCUAUUGCAACUUCAACCAGCUCUAUAAGAUUGACCCUCCAACCCUGCAGAUGUGGGCCAAUAUCCUAAAGCGUGUGCCCAACAGUGUGAUCUGGCUGCUGCGCUUCCCAGCAGUGGGUGAGCCCAAUAUCCAGCAGUACGCUCAGAACCUGGGCCUGCCUGCUUCACGCAUCAUCUUCUCUCCUGUGGCUCCAAAAGAGGAGCAUGUGCGACGUGGACAGUUGGCUGAUGUGUGUUUGGACACCCCACUCUGUAAUGGCCACACAACAGGCAUGGAUGUGCUCUGGGCUGGUACCCCCAUGGUUACAAUGCCAGGAGAGACGUUAGCUUCAUGUGUCGCUGCCUCUCAGCUCACCUGUCUAGGCUGUCCUGAACUCAUCGCCCAGAGCCGUCAGGAGUAUGAAGACAUCGCAGUAAAGCUUGGCACUGAUAUGGAAUUCCUGAAGAAGGUGCGUGCCCGCGUCUGGAAGCAGCGUAUCUGCAGCCCGCUCUUCAACACCAAACAAUACACCGUGGACCUGGAGAAACUUUACCUGCAGAUGUGGGAGAAUCACGCUAGCGGAGGCAAACCUGACCACCUGGUCAAAAUGCAGUCUCUGGAGACCAGCGAGAGCACCUGAACUAAACUUUCCAUUGCAUGAGCCAUCCAUCCCCUGUCCCUGCUGCACUGGACAGCAGGAUGCACAAAGACUCAGACACAUUAACAUCAGAAAACUCUCUGUGUUUUAUGACUCCACUGAUUUUGUAUUAUUGUUUGUUUUCUGCAUCUUUUUCUAUUUAAAGUGAUUAUCGGCACAAAUAGGGUUUUUUAUUUAGCUUAUGUGCUUGACCUAUUUUAGCUGUCACCAUAAACAAAAUCUGGGAUGCAUACUUCGGAUCACCUUUUCCCCUGGUAAUAUUUUGUGUGUGCUUUCAAAAAUGGAAAUAACAUAUCAUUUGGAAACGUGCCUGUGUGAACAAGCUAUACAGUGGAGUGACUUUGUACACACUGACAAAAGGCCUGCAAACUGCUCUUUUAUUGACUCUUGACUUGUUUUUUCUUUUUUCCUUUUUUUAAAAAAUGAUUUUACCAAGAAAGGUCUCGGUAAGUAUGUUCUGGUUUUGUACACUGUCUUUCUGAUAAGAUAUUCUUGUUUUGUUUGCUCUGUUGGUGUCUAUUCAAAGCUCUCUAUGUAAACUAAAAUAAAGAGACAAUGAAACCCUGAA